AUGCAGAUCAAGUCCAUCCUCAUGCUCCUCGCAGCGGCCUCGACCGCCGUUGACGCACUCACCAUCCCCGGCGGCACCGCCCUGGAAACCAGGGACUUUCCUCGUCCCGGCGCUGGCCUCUCUGCUCGGUCGCCGAACCCCCAGCCGCAGAACAACGGGGGUAAGAAUAAGGGCAAGGGCGGCGGCAACAACAAGGGCAAGGGUAAUGGGGGCGGUAACAAGGGCAACGGCAACGGCAACGGAAACGGUAACGGCAAGGACUGCGCGGCGGCCAAGAAGCUCCAAGCGGGCAUCGAAAAGAACAUCGAGGCGCAAAAGGGCGAGCUGGCGUCGGCCAACGAAAUCCGGGAGAUUGUGGGCAAGAACAAGGUCGACGCGGGCGAGUUCCAAAAGGCCAAGGAGGUGCUGCUGGGCCACGUCAACGACGGCAUCAAGCUGCGCGAGGAGAACCAAAAGAUUGCUCCCAAGGGCAACGCUGCCAUUGCCGGGCUUGCAAAGGUCGCCGAGGCGCAAAAGACGGAGCUUGAGCAGGCAAAGGGCCUCCAGGGCAAUUCGCAGGAUUUGGCGACAUUGACCAAGCUGAAGAAGGAGUUUGAGGAUGGAAUCAAGGUCAAUGAGCAAAACGCAAAAGAUGCUGUCAAGGGAUGUCAAUAG